AUUACUAUGCGUUGUAUUGCAACGCGUUUAAUUGACACGCGUUAUAUUGCUACGCCUAACAUAUCAACUCACUUCAUAAAAAGACAGAAAUGUACUUUCAAUAUUCACUCCAUGAAUCCAUAAAUUCGAAAGUUUACAGACACUUCGCAUUACCUUGGAACACACUGCGCAUUGCAGUGAUUUAUCUUAUCUACGUCGUCAAAAUUUUUUUCCCUAAAAAGAGUAGUCUGAUAACGAGCAAUGCUCGAGAUCGUCCCAUUUAGCAAUAGAACAUGGUUACAAAUUCGUCGUCGAGCGGUAAUCUCUUAAACGCAUAAUUGCGUCUUAUUGGAUCACGGAUAAUGACAUUAUAGAAUAAUCGUCAAACCUCAUGUGAGGCUUACGUAAUUGCAAGGAAGCAUCUUGCAUAACGCGAGUCUUGAAACAACUUUCUGCAGCUAAACGGAUGACAUAACUCUCGUUCGAAAGGUAUUGGUUACGAUAUCUAAUUUCAUCUUGAUUAAAACGAUUGAAAUUGUCUCGAACGAUUGAUUUGUGUUCAAUAGAAUCAAUAACAAGUUUCCUUGGAAAUCGAAUGAGUGGGUGAUAAAUCGAUGAAAAAUUUCUGUUCGAUUAAGACUUUGUCAAUGGCUUCUAUACUCUUUUUUGAUCAAAUCUUAUCGCGUAUAGAUACUGUAAUAAAAAGAAACUUGUGUAUUAUAUAAAAGAAGUUUCGUUCGAAGAACCCCUUGAUCAACCUCUAAUUAUAUCGAGUGUGCAAUACAAUAUUGAACGUCAAUUUUCAUCGCAAUUCUUAUCGUUCAGAAACGAUGGAAAGAAACUUUUGGAUUUUCCCGGGAAAUCAAGUUCCCGAAGGGGAUGAAAAGAUGAGGGCGCUAUCGAACAGGUCGAUAAGACCUGCGCGUUCCACCCUCCGUUGACACGUAAUCUGCAAUGGACCCGUGAUUCUGCAACUAAAAACAUGCCGAAAACAAAACUAUUUCAUUCUACACCAACGUGAACUUUCACAGAACUGGAGAAAUAAAAAAUCAUACGUAAAGGAUGUAACAAAUACGUCUGUCACGAUGUAACAAAUAUACGAGCUCCACUUUUCACCUGCACGUUCUGUUUUCUCAAUAAUUUAAGUUCAGUGAAGACAAUUGAGUGAAUUAAUCAGUGUUGAAGAUUCGACAAAAUGGGGACCAGACUCGCGUCAUGUAAGUACAUACAGUGUUUGUAUAUUAAUGUCUAGAAGAAAAUCUGAAAUUUUUUGUAUGAAAAACUUGUUUCAGAUUCUUUGAAGCUGACUAGCCUUCACGAUUACUAUCAAAGACUUCUUCAUGGCAGCCAGCCUGUACCGUCUGGGCUUGAUAUGGCGAAUACUGUGAAAUCUUGUUCUCAGAUGUUAUUGUCUCUGUUAAAGGAAGUGCGCGAAGCACCAUACGAAAUGAUCAAAUCACAGAAAUUCGACGCAGAACGCAUGGCCCUCUAUCCAAACUUGGACUACAAGCAACUGUACAACGCUCUGACCCAGCUGAUCGAUGUUGUACCAUCCAUCCACAACGGUUUACAAGCGUUCGGUCAAGCUUUGCUACAAUGCUUGGCGUGUAUACUACCUUUUCUGGAUCACGAUCUGAUCGACAACGUGCCAUACUUGACAGCCAGCUCGAUCUCUGUGCUCCCCGUGGAUCUUCACCAGGAGAUCGUCAAUUACCUCUGCUUCUACAUUCUACCGUUCACCAUUACGAGGAAGACUGAAGAUGGGAACGAAAAUGCAGCCAGUCAAUCGAUUGCUGCUGUCAUUAUGAUGAUCUUUCAGUACUCCAGUAAUGCAGCGCAUCAUUGCCAACUGUUGGAGUGUUUGAUGGCGCUGAAACCAGGCGUGGUGAAAGACAUUCUAUGCGUGGUUGCAUACGGAACGGCGCCAGCCAGAGCAUCGGCUGCUAAGCUAUUAUUCUACUACUGGCCAUCUUUCAACCCUAAUCUCUUCGAUCGCAGGGCGGUUUUAAUGAAAUUUGCGAAUGACCUGACACCUUUCGUUUGCCAGAGAGACACGUGUCCCAAUGCGGGCAACGCCGAAGCCGGUAAAGUUUGCUACGACCAUCGAAUAUCCAUCACUUUCGCGACUGACACUCCGCCACCGUUGUACCUUUGCAUCGAGUGUGCCAAUGAAAUUCACAGGGAACAUCCGAAUCAGAUGUUCUAUGAUAUUUUACACCCCAUGCAACAGGUGUCCAUGAUAUGCGAGAACAAGAACUGCAGAGCAACGGACAAGUCGGCGAUCAGCGUGUGUUUCUCGACGGAGUGCGCCAGCUACAACGGAAACCACCCUAUUCGCUACUGCCAGCAAUGCCACAACAUCCGGCACAACAACCGAAGAGGCGGAGACCACGUGUACCACAUGGCUCUACCCCACAUAUCGCAGCUCGACUCGCAGUCGCAAACGUACAUGGUCCAAUCGAUCGUCAGCCUGCUUAAGGAAGCUGAACCGCUAAGUAUGGAUAGUAAUCGAGAGAACUCGGAAAUAAGUACUAAUAAGGGCAGCACAGGAUUCCCAGGGGGCGGAAGCGGUGCCGGGGGCGGAGGCGGCAGCGGUGGCACGUCCGGCGGUACAGGGGGCCAAUGCGACCCAACUACCCUCGAGGAGAGACAGCUUCUCGGAAGAUACGGUGUCUGGCUGCUCGUGGGGCUUUGCACCCCCAAUCAGGACACCUCGAUCGAAAUUCUCGGACGUUUAUUGUCAAUGCUAUUUCAUUGGUUUCAUGUUACUGCCUACUCUUUCGAUGGUACUGAAAAAAGCCUUAUGCAUCUUAUCUUUUCUGUUGGCCAAGCGGAAAGUCCACUGGAGAAAUUGAAAACCGAAUACGUUUGCGGAUGGCUGGCCGAAGUGAUGAAAACGCACUACGAAGUUUUUAUUUCCUGUCUUCUGCCGCAUCCGGCUGAUUACGUUCGUGUGGGUGGACACUGGGAGACAUUGGCGUCCAGAACAUCGCACCUGAAAGACGGCUUGAAUCGCCUAUUCUGCCUAGUACCCUACGAAGUGAUCACACCAGACGUUUGGGACUACGUGAUGCCGCACUGGAUGGAGGCUAUGGUGAACGACGUCCCCGAAUACGAGCUCCACGAAUUGAAAAUGAUUCUACGCAAAAUCCUGGACAGAGACAUGAGUCCCUUAGGAUUCGACGCUAGGAAGAUGUACAACUUCGUGGCGAAACGUUUUGUGAAUACGUGCGCCAAGGUUCAAGAGCAGGCACUGAAUUGGCUGCAGACGCUGACUAUGCUGGAAAUCAGUAUUCCUUUGUGUCAACUGUUCUCGAUGUUCAGCGAUGGCGUGGCGGUUAUGGGGGCCAUGAACUCGGCGGAGUCGGAACAGAAGCCUAGCAAGGGGACUAAGAAGAAGGACGACGAGGGGAACGCUAUAUGUUCUGUCGUGGAAAACGAAUCAGGAAAAUCAACACCACUCUCCGACGACGUUGUACCAACGCCCAGACACAUGGAGUUCACAACUAACGCCGAGCUGAAUUUAUCCUGCUGCAUUCUCAUGCUCGACAUACUUUUGAAACAGAUGGAGCUGCAGAACAUAGACAAACACACGGGCAUCAACACGUGGGUAUGCAGGGACGCGUGUAAACUGAUGAAGUCGAUCGUCGCUUCAAAUUGGAACAACUGCCACAUGUGCAACACGGACACCGAAUGCACUUACUGCGAGUCUAGGGUGAUCUGGCAUCAACUCUGUUUGCAGUUGGUCACUUACAUGGCACCUGAGAAUCCUGCUUAUCCACCUGAUAAAAUCGUGGACGACAACGCAGAGGACCACGGUAGAAAGAGUCCCGAGAGUUCCAGAAAGGGUGACUCGAAAUCUGACGUGGUGAUCAGUAUGCCUGUACCGGAAAUGCACUCGGUCGGUGGUGUUCUAGCUCACAUGCCCCAGUUCUUCGAACAGAUCAUGACAGCCACAGUAGAGACAGUUUCGGAGCAGCUGGAUCUGGCGGCCAUCAUGCCGACGGAGAAGGUCAUGUCAGCGGUGGCGAGGGCUGUUACUCUGUCAGAUACUGAUGUAGCAACAGCAACAGUGAGCGUGGCAAAAGCUCGACUAAUAGGAGAGAACGAUCAGCCGUUAAAUCUGAGUCCAGAAAACGAGGCGGAUGAUUUCUGGCACACGUCUGUCGGGAAAUUUAGAUUUAACAUCGAGGAUCUUCCAGAACAGCUUCAGUAUAUUCACAAGCUUCUGAAGGAGAUAAUGACGAUUGAUAAGCCAGAUAUUCUGUACUACAUGCUGCAAUGUUUGAACGUGAUGUGUCUAUAUGGAGAUGCCUUCAACAUCGCUGUGAAGGAUCAUCAGGGAUUCUUCAUAUGGUGUCAGGAAAAUUUGCUGAUAAAAAAUCUAUGGGAUCUCCUAAACGCCGAGCACUCGCACAUAGCCCAAGUGACAGUACCAUUAUUGUUGCACUGUGUGACUUUACCCUGCGGAACAGACACCUUCUGGCGACUAAUUCAGGAAGAGUUCCACAACUCCGACUGGCGAAUUCGAUUCGUGGCAGUGGAAAGAGUGACCCUUAUCGCAAGGUUCAUGGACUCCACCCCGUUGAGGAAUGUCAUGAGUCUACAGGCUGCUCUGGCGAACGCAUUCUGCUACUUGAUCGCCAGCAUGGACGACAAUAACGUUUACGUCGCGCAAAGAUCUACCUUGUAUCUUGGUACCAUUCAUGACACAGCUAUGAGGUCACUGAUCCUCUGUUUGGAGACGCAGUUCGAUUCGGUGAUUGUGGAUCGACCUAUGGUGCUGCAAUCGCUAUACCAGUUGCAUAACAGUCUCAGUGACAGACAUAUCUUGACGUGGGAGUUCUUUCUUAAUCGGUUUGAUGCACUGUUUUUGGAGGCUCAGAUUAAUUUGGAGAGGUCUGGGGAUGCGCCGUACUUUCGUGAUCUUAGGAACACGGACCUAAACAGCGAGAUCUUCGUGAAGAAGCUUCACAGGGCCCAGGAAGCGCUGUCCCAGUCAGACGGAAGCGGGACCAACUCCAUAAAGACACUGAGCGCGAGUUUUGGUACCAAGUGGCCCUACAAACGCACAAUGUCGGCGCCUGCGUCGAUGAUACCUCGACAGGAUACCAAGCAAGAAAAGGAAAAGGUGUACAGCCGGCAAUACUCGGCGCCUAUCCUGAAGCGCAAGAGCUCCAGAUUCGGACUGGGUCAGUUGCUGGGGUCCACCCCACCUAAUAACAGUAUACCAGAUGGACACGUUCAUUCGUUGAACAUGGUGGACGAAACCAGCGCCCUGCCAGGGUAUACCCACAAGAUCGUCGAUCUGGAGGAGGCUGACAAGGAGACCAUGCACUUGCUGGUUUUCCUUCUUAUGCAGUUCCUUUCCAGACAGGAUCAAGCCUUUCCAACGGAUGAGAAACCUCUAUCGAAGACGCAAGGAAUUGUGCUGCGCCAUUUGUAUCUUCUGUUGGGUUACAAUCAGACGGAACGCACGUUCCAUACUUCUCCUCAACGAUUACGAGUAUCUCCAGUGUUCAACGUCUUCAUCGCGAACCUGCCCCAACUGCUGGACCAGAACCACGUGAUGGGGUGGGUGAUGACACCCCCCGUCUUAGCCAUCCUCCAACACUGUCCCUGCCCACCGCAAGGGAUGCCUCUGUCGGACCACCAAACACCUACAUACAGUUUAUGGUACCUAGAACCCCAGAACAGGCGCUCCUGGCUGAUGGCUUUGCUAGUCAUACUGUACAAGUGUCAGUAUGGUCAGCAACCCUGGUGCAGUCAACUGCAGGUGCUCAUCAAGAUCGUUUUGAACACGUUGGAUACACAGCACCAUCAGUGCAAGCGUAUUCCAGCGACUCUGGUGAUGGGUGCUCCACCCUCUAGGUCACGAGAUGUGUCGCAACCGUCUCUGGGUGUGGAUCAUGAGUUGAUGACGACUAUGGGAGAGAUAAAUGCAGAGAGUACUCCGAUGAGGACACCCAUGAUCUCCGUGCAUCAACGUAGCCCCGGACCAACGCACGGGCAAAUGGAAACUCACUGGGAAGAAAGCACACCGACCUGCCGUUACACGAACAAGCACUCCAGCUACUCGAUCAAUGCGGAUGAUACGGAGUCCGAGCUGGCCGCAAUACCCGAGAGCCCAAAAUCUGACAGCACCUUACAUGGCAGCAGUGGUGGAUCGCUCGGUGAACUGGAAGAAACUCCGACCAUCGUCACCAGAAGCGUUUCCCUUCACGGACCUAGAUCCUCCACCACCACAGACAUCGUCGCUAAAAUGGACUGGAAUAACCAACACGCUGCCAAGAAGUCGGACACUGUUAGCAGACCCACUUGGUUCUUGGGCAGCGAAGACGACACUCAUCAGCCGAGUACAAAAGGUGGACCUCAAAAGAAAUGGAGCGUCCACGAGGGAGUGAAGAUGAUGGUAACCAGCCCGUUACUGACCGGCCAGGCUGACCUGCAGAAGUACACUGCUAUAACCAGAGCAGUGAGCGAGAAAACGGACAAAACAGUGCCGGAGAAAGGAAUCCUGGAGAGAGCGAUUCCAGAGAAAACUGUUGAAGAGAAGAACGUGACCGUCCAGAUAGCCUUUAACGGAGACACGGCCUCGUCGAAGCCCUUCGGACUAUCCAGCGCCCUCGCCACUACUAUACCUCCUCAGAUUCAAAGAUACGAGCAGCCGAGGGAGAAGACACCGACGGCAGGUUCCAGUAACUCUGACUCUCCAAACUCGAAGCAGCUGGGUCGCCAGAAGCGUAUCGAGCAAAGCGUAACCAUAGCGUCGCCAGUAUCCCCGGGUCAGGUGGUCACUGUGACCAGCAGUGAUCAAUCGAGUUCACCCGCGGUCAGUUCGAUCUCGUCACAAAUCACCAGCACGGAGAACGGACAGCAUCCUGGAUGGAAUGAUUCUGUUCAUCCAUUGACUACGCCGACGGUUGAACGUCUGCUGCCAAUUGGCACCGCUAUUCGUCCCGUCGGUGUGCGGCCCACUCAACGCGUCCUACGUUGCGAGGACACGUAUGGCUCGCCGGAGUCGCCUUUGUCCAAGAUGGACGUGUUGACUGUCAGUUCUUCGUUCGAUCAGGACAGCGAGACGUGCAUGUCCAGCGACAUAACCAGCCCUCGGAGCAUAUCUCAGCUGGAGUUCCCGAUGCCUGAACGACUGCUACCUGUUGGACCCCACAGGGACUUCUCUGGUUUGGUGGAACACGUUCGCCAGGCACUCGGGGUUCAGGAAAUCGAAGAUUCGAACAAGUUCAGUAACGGAAACGGUGUUAAGGUGGACGGACAGGCGCCCGUAAAACAAGACAGUACCACUUCCGAGAACCUGUCGGCUUCUCUGGUACCAACAUCGAACGAGGUGCACUCGAGCAGGUCCACCAGCCCGAGGAGACUGAUCAAACAAGUGGCACUCGAAUCACCGCCUCCUGCGAUGGAGUCUUUGGAUUAUCCCGGGAGGAUAUUUGACCUGGAUCGGAAAAUCAAAACCAAGGACCACGUUCGCAUUCAGCGAGACAAGGCUCGGAAGGACAGUCUUGUUGGGCAAGAUGGACCAAUGGCGAGGCGUACGGAAUCUUGGUCAGGUCCUCAACUGCAGCUCAAUUUCGAUGCCGCCUCCCAGCAAGCCUGUCACGCUGACUUCAGUUUGAAGCAGAGCUUAUUCCGCAUAGGAGAUGACUGUAUUUACGAAAGAUGUUCAGAGUGCGGAACCAUAAAGGAGGAAUACUCCGACGAGGAACUAGGCCUAUGUAUCAUCAACCUUGGAACGUUCAUCCACCGCGAACCGUCCUUGGCAGCGCCUCUGCUGCCAGAAAUCCUGCGUGUCGUGACAAAAGUGGCACUAAAUGCGAUGUACCCUUGGCAAAGUGAGACCAACAUGCACCUGCCGGGUGGUGCGAUCAGCGUGGCUCAUCAGUUCCUUCGUUGCGUUCUUCAUCAACUGGCGCCUAACGGUGUAUUCAUACAGAUGUUCCAAACACACUUGAAUGAAUCCACGAGGAUGCAGUUCUUCAAGAGCGUCACUCAGGCACUAGUCGAUUUCAACGAACUCAACCCAAUCGCACCCUUGCAAUUAUUAUUAGAGGCCCUAAACGCAAAGAAAUCGCUACCAGUGGAACGUCUACCGAUAAUACUUUACAACAUAGCGUGCUACCUAGACUGUCUACCUCUGGAGGCAGGUCUAGGUCCAGGUGCAGCGACCUGGAGCGGACUGCUGGCACAAUUCGACGGUCUAUUUCGGAGACUAGUGUUAAUGCUCUCCUCCAUCGAGGACACCACAUCAUUACUGAGGAUCAUGAUCUCUUUGCUGAAGGUUCCAGGGAUACAGCAAUCAAAGGGUAUGCUGGAUCCCUUCGCCAAAGUGUUGAGCUACGCCAUACAAAAUUCCACCAUCAAGUACAGUUAUCUGACAGAUCUGUGUUACUUGUGUCAUCGCGGCUUCACCAGAGACAGAGACAAACACUUCUUCGGUAGGACUAUAGUGUUUGAACUGAUCCAAGCGAUUAAAUUCAAAACCACCAUACCGGAUUCCAAUUUUCUGCUGUUGUUACACUUUGUGCUUCAGGAUAUCGGUGGAUCGUUGCCUAACACCAUCGCAAUGGAGAACAUCCAAACGGACGUAUCACCGAUUUAUAAUACGAACGCUUCCGAGUCCCUGAAGAACCAACUACCGGACGUACUUGAUUUCCUGGCCGAUUUUCACACGUUGAGCAAAGUGAAGAGUUACAGCAAGGGAAUGCAAGCUGGUCUAAACGAAGACACUUUGGGCGGUAUACUGAAAUGUGGUCUCGCCGAAUACGUGGCUUUAGAAAUCACUAGGGGCAAUAACAGGGAGAAUAGAGCAGUGGCUAGGUAUCUUCCGUGGCUCUACAGUGCACCAUCCAUGGCCCAACAGGGAGCUCGAGAGUACGUGGACUGCAUAGGGCACAUCAGAUUGUUAUCCUGGCUGUUACUAGGAUCCCUCACGCACACGGCGAUGUUCGCCAGCAGUAACAAUAUGCAUAGUCAUGGGCCAUCGAUCCCAACAGCGCAACCAAUACCACAGGAAGUGUCCUGCCACGUUGCUGAUCAUGUUCAGUACAUAUUCUCCGGGUUUCCGGAACAGUCCAAGGCAUCGGUUCUACACAUGUCCUCAUUGUUCCAUGCCUUCAUACUCUGUCAGUUGUGGACGAUGUAUUUGGAAGAACUAUCAAAGAACAAUCCAUCGAACAGCGAGGGUCACAAUAUCACCAUGAAUAUUUUAUUGGAAUUCUGGGGAAAAAUAACACCAUGCAUACUACAGUUGGUUGGACAUUCGAAAGUUUUGGCAGAAAUGGUUAACUUGCACUUCUUGAGUCUACUGGAAGCCCUGCUCGAGUGCGGUUCCAUUUUGUUGAGCAAGCUCCUCCCACUUUGGAGCCCAAUUUUAUAUUCGCAUCAUGCUCAGCUACCAGGACACUUGCAAGUGCGUUUGCAAAACUGUCGAGAUUUCCCGCCCAACAAGAUGUCGGAACACUUUGCCUCUUCUCGUCGAGAAUCGAAUGCUAUGCUGUUACGCUGGCUACAUAGGUUACAGUUCAAAAUGGGACAGAUAGAAAUGCAAUCCUCUACGGCCACACAAUUUUAUUCGAUUUAAAAUCGAGCUGUACAUCGAUAAAUUUUAUAAACGUUUACGAAUGUCUGUAGUGUUGUUUAUAUUGAGUGUUGCCUAGCUGUUUGUAUAUUAUUGUUACUUGUUACAAAAUAUAUUUAUUGUAUCAAAGUUUCGUAGUUGUCUUAUUGAAGUUUAAAUUUCCCGCGCAGCGAGUUCGAAACGCACAAGU